CUCGCGAGCCCCGGUCGCAAUCAUAACGGCAGAGGAAGCGCUCGCGCACCGUGAAGAGAGGAACAUGGCGAAUUCGGCGGCUUCUGUUGUUUCGGCUGCAGGCAGAGACCCUGCGGUUGAUCGGUCUCUACGCUCCGUUUUCGUGGGAAACAUUCCGUACGAAGCCACAGAGGAGCAACUAAAGGAUAUCUUCUCUGAGGUCGGACUCGUCGUCAGCUUCAGGCUGGUGUACGAUCGUGAAACAGGCAAACCGAAGGGUUAUGGCUUCUGCGAGUACCAGGACCAGGAGACGGCGCUUAGCGCCAUGCGGAACCUGAACGGCCGGGAGUUUAGCGGCAGAGCCCUGCGUGUGGACAACGCCGCCAGCGAGAAGAACAAGGAGGAGCUCAAGAGCCUGGGCACGGGCGCGCCCGUCAUCGAGUCCCCGUACGGAGACGGCUGCCAGCCAGAGGAGGCGCCAGAGUCCAUCAGUCGUGCUGUGGCCAGUCUGCCCCCGGAGCAGAUGUUCGAGCUCAUGAAACAGAUGAAACUUUGUGUGCAGAACAGCCCCCAGGAGGCCAGGAACAUGCUGCUGCAGAACCCCCAGCUGGCCUACGCCCUGCUCCAGGCUCAGGUGGUCAUGAGGAUCGUCGACCCCGAAAUCGCCCUGAAAAUGCUUCACCGGCAGACUCCAGUGCAGCCCCUGGUUCCCAGCAGCCAAGUCGGCGCAGGCCCCGGACAGCCCCUCCCCCAGCAGAAUGUGCCACAACCACAGCCCAUGGUCGCCAUGCACGUGAACGGAGCUCCGCAGAUGAUGCAGCCCUCCCAGAUGGUUGGGGGUGUUCCAGGGCCCAUGCCAGGACAAGGACCUAUGGGUCCAGCAGGUGAGUGGAGCCCUUGCCUGCCGUGCCGCCCCGCCGCCCGGGGUCUGGAAGGCCCCCUCACGUCGUGCCGCCCUCUGUGCUCCUUUGCAGUUGGCAUGCAGCCCCAGAUGGGCCUGCCGCAGGGUGGCCCCGUGCCCAUGGACAGGGGCCAAGGGAGCCUUCAGCACUCUCCCGUGGGAUCGUCAGCGCAGGCCGCUAUCGAGCGGCCACAAGUGCCAAUGGCAGACCCUCGUGCCCCCUUGCGGGGGGGAGUGCCCCCAGGCCCUGCCGUCGUGCCCCCCCGCGGCCUGCUCGGCGAUGGCCCCAACGACCCCCGUGGUGGCACCUUGCUGUCGGUGACGGGCGAGGUGGUGGAGCCCAGUCGCAGCUUCAUGGGGGGCCCUCCACACCCGGGCCCGCCCAUGCACAUGGGCCCACCCGAGAUGCGAGGCCCGCACGACAUGAGGGGGGGGCCGAUGAUGGAGCAGAGGGGGCCGCCCAUGGAAGCCAGGGCUCCCAUCCCUGGAGGGCGCGACCCCAGAGCUGUGGAGGCCCGUGGCUUAGAUGGCAGGGGUCCCGUGUCAGCCCAGAGGGUUCCCAUGGCAACUGGGAUGCAGGGCCCAGUGCCACACGGCAUGGGAGCCGGCGCACCUCCACCCACAAGACCGGCACCUGGCCACACGGGGGUGCCCCAGGGUGGAGGGGGCUUCAGCCCGGGUCAGAGCCAGGUCACGUCCCAGGACCACGAGAAGGCUGCACUGAUCAUGCAGGUACUGCAGCUAACCCCAGAACAGAUCGCCAUGCUGCCUCCGGAACAGAGGCAGAGCAUCCUUAUCCUGAAGGAACAGAUCCAGAAGACAGCUGGAGCACCCUAAUGCCACAGGGCGAGGGGAGGCAGCUACGGUCUUCUCUGAUGGGCAAGAAAACGAUCAUCCUUUUAAUAAAUAAAAUAUGUUGCGUUGUAUAUUUA